AAAAAAGGAGCUUAUACAUUUACUCAUCAAAACAAAAUGCUGAUAAAAAUCCAAAAAUUAUGAUUAUAAAUUAGCUCAAUAAAUUAAACAGAAAUAAUGAAAGUAAGAAUGCUGAAUAGAAAGCAUGACACAUCAGUUUACUUGUGUCAAUCAUCAGUUCAUUGUCAACAGAAUCUACCUAUCAAAAGAUCAUGGAUGAAGAGGUUGAUGAAAACCAAUAGUACUGCAAAUCUGUUUCAGAAAAGUUAGAUACAUCUUCAGAUAUUACAAAAAAAGCACCAACAAUGUUUAUCGAUUCUGAUGACUGGGGACUCUAUUUGACGGUUUGUUGUAAAUUGCAGCAAAUUAAAAUGUUUCAUGAUUGUUCAACAACAGAAGCUGUAAAAUUACUCAUCAGUGAUCGUCGUAGUCACAGUAAGAGUGGUUGUUUAAUACGACUGAUAACUGCUUUCAAUAGUCUUUAUGCUGAAUACAGUAAGGUGUAUGAUCUCAAUAAAUCUUUGCGAAGAACAGAUCUCGCUGGCAGUGAAAACAAAGAAUCUGCUUCUACUUCUUCUUCUUCUACGUAUUUGAUAAAUAAUUUUAGUGAAUCGUUGACAGACAGAAACACCAAUAAUAACUUAAUUAUUCCCAAAGGAACAAAGGAUUUUUGGUCAUCAUUUCUAGGUUCGAAUUUGGAUCCAUCAGGCGAUUUCCAGUUAUCUGAUCGCUUUUCUAGAGAAGCUACGGAAAACAAAAGAUUAACUUCUUGUGAUAACGUUAAGAAUAAUGAGUGGAAAUGCAACUUGAGCAAUUAUUGUGAAAUUGACCCAAAUAAUGGUGACGCAAAUGUAAAUGUUCACCGAAAAAGUAAUAAAAUCGAAUUCGCUAGCCCACCUCCUUCACCCAAAACACCACCUCUCCAUUCUUCAUUCACUUAUGACGUUACCGAAACGAAAGGAAAUUCAAAAAACAGUUCAAAUGCUCAUGCCAAAAGUAGGUGUUUUAUAUGGCGUCGCAAAAUAUCCACGGAAAGAUCUUGUUCUGAAUCACGAACUACGGAAAGAGAUACUAUAUGUCAACAUAAUGAUUUCUUUGUAGACAGUCAGUUGACACCCAGAAAAAUCGUAAAUGCUUACUAUGAUAAAAUAUAUCGUAAGCAUACAGAAAAUGCAAUAACAGUUUUUCAACUUUCAAUACAUAGGAGAACAGUCGAACACUGUAUACAACUAGCAAAUAGAAAGCUUUUUUCCAAGAUGAAGCAUAACAAUUCAAAUUCAGAGAGUAUACUAUCAAAUACUGUACGUCUACCGAUUGUUCUGGAAUUAGCCAUGCCUAAAAUGCAACGGCAAAUCGAACAAAUUACAAAGUAUUGUCCUUAUUUAGAUAAUCCUCUUGAAAUCAUAGCUGAACUACGAUAUGUUAACUAUGAUACAGAUGAGUGUAUUGCAUACUUUAAAAAAGUACGGAAACUACGAGACAUUGGCCAAGAAAUGGUGGUGAAUACAUAUUCAUUAAACAGAGAAAUUAAUCAACGUAGGGAGCACUGUCGACCCACUGAAGACCGUUUAUUAAAUUCAUGUAACUUGAAAGAAUCAGGCAAACUUCGAAUAAACAUGAAUAAGGACAUACUAUCACUCCUAGUUGAACUUAAAUCUUUUUUAAUCCAACUAAAAGAAGACAAAAAUAGUACUUUGAGAAAACUAGCUCGUCUGAAAAGUUUCACAUUGAAUAUGACAAAUGAGUUCAUGGAUUCUGUUGAAAAAAAACUGGCUCCAACACCAAUUGUAUGA